AUGCUAGCGCUGCGACAGAGUCACACUCUAACGCAUAAGCGUGCCCCCCCUCACCUUGUCGCAAGCCUCGAGCGCAUCAUGGACACAGCCCUGGAAAACGCGUUUGCAGACACAUCGUGUCUGUCCCCCAGCAUUCUCGAAUGGUUUCCAGAUACGGAAGAGAUCCACAUGAUCGAGUUUGAGCACAGACCACAUCGGAAGUUUCUCGGCGUGUUGAGCCAAAGUUCUUGGUUUGCCAAGCCAGUGAUUGAUCGCUCGACGGCUCGCAGUGUACAGUCAUGCGCCUGCAACAACUUUGCAGGGUGA